AUGAAGGAUUUGUCCCUGUCGCCGCUGAGUCGGGGGUGCGGUCGCGUCAUCGCAGCGAGCGCAGGCGAUCAUGGCCGCCUGGACGUCUGCUUCACGCCACAGGACUAUUACAUCUGGAAAUCCUAUGAUGCUCUGCUGCGUAUGACCAACAGCGGAAGUCUGCUCAGGAGCGAAGACUCGACCAUCCCAAAGACAUACAGCACUCGCCGAGGGCCUCUCCUUCUCUACUCUCGAGGCUUAGUUACACUCGGAACUGAAUCUGGAUCACAGGCGUCAGACAUAAAGAGACAGGUCCCACGUCAACACACGCAGGACGUAGAUCACCGGCCGGACGCUCUCAUCUUGCGUCAGAAUGCUCAGGUGAGAAGAAGAAGAAGAGAGUCUUCCAUCAUUGAUGAAAUCCCUCACAACCAGCAUCUACCUCCUACUGAAGACUACCACGUCACUAUGGGGCAGGCUAGUGGGACUUGGACUCAGCAGGAGGUCCAAACAGAACCAGAAUGGUCUGAGUAUGCACGAAAUGAUCUUAAUGUUCCCCCACAUAAACAACUAGAAGAUGGUCUGGAGAAAGAGGAGGUGGCAACCGAACAGGAAACAUGCGACGCGCUUGACAUAAAAUCCCCCAGAAGCUUCGCCAACAAAACAAAAGCUGACACCAGUGUAGAAGAAGACACUGAGCGCCUUUCCAGUGAUGACAAACACAACCCUGACAGCAGCGUCCAAUCAGUUAGUUUCCAAAGGUCUCCACUUGUGUCCUUGGGCACCAAUGUGAGGAGCUCACCGGGGUCUUCCUGUGAGGGUCUAUCGGCCGAUAGGAGGGUCCUCACAUCCUCUCAAGGUCAACUGUCAUCAUCGUGCUCCACCGUCAUGGUAACCGAGGAGCAGCUGAUGUUGAACCUGGUAAAGACCGAGGCCUCCAGAAGGAAUGAGGAAGAGAAGGCCUGUCGUCAGGCCGAGAGAGCCGAUAUACAGAGGCAAGAAUUGGAGAGAAGGAGGGAGCAAGAGGAGGAAGAAAGGAUGCAGCUGCAAGAGGAGAGGAAGCGGACAAAGGACAACAUGAGGACCGAGCUGGAGGAGGAACGGAGAAGGAGAGUUGAACAUCUCCGACUGAGGAAACUUGCAGAGGAGGAGGUGAGGAGGAGGCGUGAGGAGGAGGAGCAGGAGCGAGCUGGACGCGAACAAGCGGAGCGAGAGAGGCUGAGGCGGCGUCAAGAGGAGAGGAGGCGACAUAUGGAGCGACUGCAGAAGAUGAGAGAGGAGGAGGAAGGGAGGAGGAAAGCGGAAGUGGAGCGUCUCCACCUGGAGGAGCAGAGGAGAGAGGAAGAGGAGUGCAAACGCUUGCAGGAGAUGGACGCAAGUGAGAGAGACAAGUACCUCGCUAUGAAGGAGCGGGAGGAGGAGGACAGGAGGACCAUAGAGGAAGAGCACCGAAUGAGGGAAGAAGAACAAGCUUUGAGGGCUGGAGAAGAGACCAGAGUGGAGGCAGAGCUACUCGCCAGGCACAUGACGCCGUUGCAGCAGAAGACGGCCUUCAAAAGGGGCCUGCUGCUGGAGGCCGAGGGGAUGGAACAAUCGCAGGGGAUCUCCAGGCCGUGGGUCUACUCCUAUUUCACUUUGUUACAGCUGCCGGACCUGAAGCCCACUAAAACUUAUGAGAGCAUAACACCGUGA